AUGUCGACACCUCAAUUUGCGACAUUCCGUCGCUUCGUCCUCACUGGCAGUAUUGCCGCCGUCACUGCCACAGGAGCUUGGUAUGGUGCCGGUCUGAAGAUGAAGCAAGACAUCAAACAGGAAAAAGAAAAGGCAAUCACAGCAACACCACUCCAGCAAAUCACAGAACUCGAAACCUAUCGUGCCAACUUGAUGCAAAAGAAAAUCAUGCUGGACAAGAAGAUUGAUGAGUUGGAAGUCAAGAAGAGGAAACAGGAGAGGAAGAGAGUGAAAGAAUUGGCAAGGUUGGAGAAGGAAAAAGCAGAGAAGGAAAAGUAA